UUUUUUUUCUCCUUUCUUAAUAAAUCCUAUUUACCAAGAUGCAUUAAAUUGACCAAAAAUUUUAAUUUAUAAUGUUGCAAACAAAUCCUAUUUAACAAAGCGUCAUGAUUUCUACAAAAAAAUCAAGCAACAGAACAUUAACACAUUAAAGCAACAUUAAUAAUAAUAAUAAUAAUAAUAAGAUAUAUAAUGUCUUAAGCAAGAAAUUGAUGUAUUGGAGUUAUUUGAUUAUCACACAAAUAAAUUAAGUUUUUUUAAAUUGUUAUAAUCUUUCAUAAUAUUACUGCUUUUACUAUAUGUUAAAUAAAUAGAGCCUGGUGAGGAAAGAUUUCUUUGAAAAUCAUUACACUUUUGAACAGUAUUGUAUAUUAUUAGAUGCAAAAUAUAUAUUGCUUAUCAGCCAAUAUUAUUUUAAAAAUUAAUCCAUGUCUGUGUGCUAAAAAAUAUUGGAUAGUUAGUUGUGAGUAUUCACACUAUUUGUAAAUUUAGAAUAAUUUAAUUCACUUAAACACUAUUAAAACAUAAUCUUUAGACAAUUUAAAAACUAAUGCCCUCAUAUUGUCAUUUUAAUAUACGUAACUUAUUGGCUACCUUUAUCAGUUAAACAACAAAAAUAAAACAAACAAUUACAAAAUCACGUCAAAACUCUAACUAAACUAACACCAUUAUACAAAUAUGCCAGAAUAAUAUUGAAGAAUGAAAGCAGAGCAGUAACCUGACAAAAUAAAAAGUGAGCAUCUUAAUCCCGGAUUUAGAUAAAACCUUUCCCAAAUGAACCUCAGAUUACUGAUCGCUAUGACAACAAGGGCACAAACUGCAUCUUCAAUCAAAGAACAGUUCUAACUAUGACUAUUCUAACUAUUCAAAAUGCAUUUUAAAAAAUUAAAAAAAUAAAGCUUUACAUUUAAUUCAAAAUAAUUCAAAUUGAGAUUAAUUCAAAAUAAUUCAAAUUGAGAAUUGAGUUUAAAUAAAUAAUAUCAGCGGCAGAAAUAAAGGGGAAAAUCAUUAAAGUUAUGAUGAUUUAUGCCCUUAUGCUGUUAUUGGCAUUGUUCAUGGUCUGGAGAUGACAGCUAUACGAACACACACACACACACACACACACACACACACACACACAAAAAAAGCAUCCCCUGUGACCAUGAGCCCUGCAGGGUGUUAAUUGAAAACCGCAAACAAAUGGAGAACCAUAGUGAUGAUGAGGGUUAAAAUAAAGGGGUUUGUUACAGGCUCUCCCUAAGCAGAGGACCAGAUAUGAAGUGAAAGGUGCGUCUAGAAAUCAAUAUGGAAUUUGCCGUUAAUUGACUGGAGAUGAGAAGUAACUUCACCAUUGUUCGGGGACAAGUCAACAGCACGUGGCAAUACAGUACAGAAGUCGCGUUCGUAGCGGCCAACUGUCUGGUUUUGCUGGUCACUUCGCACGUGGGGAUUCUCGCAAACCUGUUCGUGGCGUGGGCCGUGCACCACCAGAAGUCGCUCCAGACGUCCAACAACGCGCUCCUGGUGAACCUGGCCGUUAUCGACAUCCUGCGGUGCGCCGUCGACUGCCCGCUGCUCCUCGGCGUUGUUCUGAGCGCGCGCGGCGCGCGGGACCUCGGCGUGCUGUUCUGCGGCGCGCAGAUCGCGUCGUUUUCUCUCGUCUGCUGCGUGCAGCUGCUCACGCUGGCGUGCAUCAGCGCCGAGCGGUACCAAGCCGUCGCGCGCCCGUUCAAAAACGCCGAGCGCCGAAAACGGAUAACGGCGUGGAUCGCGUUGACCUGGCUGCUUCCCGUCUCCAUAUCGGUCGUUUGCGUGCUCUUUGCGAAGGACUCGCCGGUGUACGUCAGGUGCAGAGGUUUGCGCGUGUACACGUUAGGGUCGUACGACACGUUCGGUGUUUACAUUCUGACUCCCAUGUGGUGCGUUUGUUUGGCGCUCAUCGUUGGGUUUUACGGCCGCAUUUUCCUUUUAGUCAGAGCGCACGGGCGGAAAAUAUUCGAUAAGGGCUCGCUUCCACCGGCGGAUAAGAAGAAAGAGGAUACAAAGCGCAAAGAGGAAGAGCCAAAGACUGAUAUGCUUGUUAAAAACGACGCAGAAAAACAACAGACAUUCGAUAAUGAUCAUGAAAAAGAGAACGCACUUGAGGAGCUUACCGCAAAAUCUGGCACUGGCUUCUUGGAUAUAAACAAACCAGAGCUUGCCAUUGAAAUAUCCAGAGAAAGCAAAGUCACCUUUGAUGAACUUUCCAAUGAAGCACCACGGGUUCUAGAAGUUAUUGAGGAGCCAAACAGCCACAAACCUUCUGAAGAAAGUUCUUCUCCUUCACCUCAAGAAGAAGAUGCUGCGAUAGACUCAAGCCUCCGCCAAGAUGCUGAUAGUUCUGUAGGAUCAACCGGUGAGGACGGUGGACCAAGUGUCCAGGGAGACGUGGCUGCAGAAAGUUCUCAGUCUUCAGUAAAAGGGGAAGAUGGUGAGGAAGACCCAAAUGACCAACUAGACAGUACUUUAGAAACGUUUCCUCCAUCGGCUGCCGGAGAACACGGCACUGUUGAGUCAAGCGCCUCGCAAGAUGCUACCGAAGAAACCUCUCCAACAUCUGGGAGCGGAAGAGAAGGUGAGGAAGAGCAAAGCGCUCCUCAAGAAGCUGCUGCAGAAGCUUCUCCAGCCACGGCUGCUCCUCCGCAGGAGGAGGAGGCGGCAGGUGCUGUGUGCAUGAUGCCGUCUCUGGCCCAAAGAGAACGAGGAAACGCCAAGAAGGAGAGCAAACUGGCCAAGCGCUCCGGAUACAUCAUCUUCACCUUCCUUGUGUUUUGGAUCCCGCUGAUCGCGACAGUGGUUUUAAAUCAUUUCUUUUACCAAAACGAUGAUCUAACAGUGGAGGUUUUCCGGGAGCUGGAGAUUUUAACAGUGUCUUUGGUCUGCAUGACAUCCCUCACCAACCCGAUCAUCUACGCAGCGGUCAACCCUCAGUUCCGCACAGAAUUUCACAAUCUGAAGACAAAAUGGAAAGCAUUUUUUACACGUUCAUAGAGUUUAUUUGUGCUUGUGGGGACUGUCAGAGCUGAGAUCCUACUAUGCCAAACACUGCAUCUGAUCAGUUUAUUUGUGUUGUUUUAUGCUGUUGGCCACAAAUUUAAUUAGGUGUUGCUGUCUUUAAUCACAAGAUAUGCUACGGCUGUUAAUAAAAUGCAAUGGAUGUUACGAAUGUUUGUAAACAGCUGCAUUUUGCUAACAUUGAAACGCAGUGUAGCACAUUCCAUUCUAUUAUAUUUUGCGAGACAAUGUUCAGCCUUAAAUAUCUAAAAUAAACAUUUUGUGUUUGA